CAGUCAGUGUUUCAAUGUGAGUCCGCCAUUGUCCAUAUAAGUAGUUAUCGCAAAUCGUCUUAGAGCGUGUUACAGCGUACUUAGUAGGACCGUCAAGUAUCGCAUUGAACCUUUUGGAAGCCGACAGUGUUACUAAGACGUAGUGCCCCGUGGCGCCUCGAUGCCUUAGGCCAGGCGUCCCUGACAAACUCAUAAGCACGCACUAGCCUACUUUAAUGAGUCUGUCAGUGCUAGAGCUUUCCCAACGAUUGGAGAAUGUCCUCGACACAGACUACAACGUUCUCGAUAUGCCGACAGUGCUGGACAUCAUUGCAGUACUGGAGAAUACGAGUAUUACAAUCGAACAGUUGGAGAACAGUCAGCUGAUUAGAUGUAUAAACCAUAUGAGGCGCCAUACGGAAGAUGACGUUUUGGCGCGGCGUUCUAAGAACCUCAUCAAACGUUGGCGUGCUAUGUUGCCAGUCGUGUCACCCAACGGCAAGAUUGCAAAAUUUCGUCACAAUGGUGAUUCUAAUCGCCGACGGAGACAUCAGGAAGAAACUCCGGAUCUUCUCGAAGAAGUCGCCCUUUCCCCCAAACCGCAAGAGCUCCCAAGGCGACGUGGCCGAAAGCGCGGUUCAUACGGCGUUGACGCCAUUUUAGGAGACGCCAUGGAUACGUCGCCAUAUCUCGAAUUCAAGCACAAGGUUGCUUCAGGCCCGAAGAAGGUAAAAACAACCAAAGAACUGUUGGCCGACUUGCAAAGUCGCAAGUUGGGUGCUUCGUCAGCUACGACUUCUCCUGUGUUUCCACUACGUAUGCCCGCAGCAGUUACACCAGAACCCGAGGAGAUAUUGGUAGAAGUUCCCACUUCAGGGGACGUGGAAAAGGAGAUUCAAGAGUUGAAGAGACAGCUGGCAACCUUAGUGGAUACGCAGACUGGCGUUGAGGAUGAAGUGGAACCAGCGUGCACAUGCACGUUCACGGAAAUCCAUGAGACUGAAGAAUUGGGGAACGGAGUGACCAAGCCAAGCGUAUUGGUAUUGGAUGGACUAAAAGUGGCUGUGACGGAUGGUGAAACAUCCAUGGGUGGUCGGAAGCCACCGGUCAGAUCUAUUUUUGAUCUCGAUGAGACUGACGACCCCACCAGGAUUGAGUUCGAAUCGGCGACGACACACAUGUGUGACAGAUUCACUCGAUGGCGAUGCCUAGAGGAUCCCACGUGUCCAGCUCGUCGCGAGUACGGAGAAGUAACAGCAGAAGACGUGAGCGCGCUGCACAGCUUAUCCCUCGGGAACGUAAAUGGCAAUUGGUCUGUGGUGACACCUUCGGACGAUGCGGAAUCAUUAAUGCCGGAAUUGCCUGUGCGUGUGGUACCAUACUAUGGUCACUUAGUGCAGGACAGUGUGCCCAAAUAUCCAGAACCAGGCGUACGGUGGCGCCGGAAGCGGCGACGUGCUAAUAAUAAUGCCGAUGACGAUGAAGUGACUCCAGAGGGCGUUUUCAGGGAGUGGUUUCAAACAAUCCACCUAAAAUCCUACAAUGACGAAUUAAUGACCAUUUUGCCUUAUGUAGUUAUUGAUUAACGUGUAACAAGUUAUCGCGCAUUUAUGCCACCCAAUCAUGACUGUAUUUUUCUAAAAAUUUCAGCUUAAGCUCUUUAUCAUCUUUUUCGGCUCAGGUCUGCAUAAAACAUAAACAAGAAAGUCUUCAAUUUGUUAUGCCUUGUCUAGAACUGAUGACUCUUGGGCUUAGGUUGCGGUAUUCCUUUAUAAAGAUAUUAACAAAAUUUGCGCACUGUAAAGUAUAAUAAAAUAGUGCCCGAGUGGAAAAAACAUAUAUCUGCCAACGGUCCUCAAAGUAUAAUUAUAUACAUAUUCUUGUCUUCUCAGUAUUUAUGAAUUUCACAAUUAUUAGCGUUUUAUAAAAUCAGAAGACAUUCCAUAUUUUAUUGGGGUUACGAAUUCAAAAUAUUUGAUCUUAUCUUUCUUUCAUUGAAAGAAUUCCGUUGUUAAUUGUUUUACUAUAGAUGUUGGUUCCAUCUAUUUGGAAAAAUUGCUUAUCUGUUUUUCAUCGCUCAAUGUGCUGCACUUGAGGAAUUCCACUUUCCCAGUUCAUUCUUUUUGUCUGUCUCUCUCUUCAUAAAACCGAUCUAUAAUACACCGCAGCUGAAGUGGAAAAACGCAAAUUCACUAGAAGAUCGCCGCAGUGCUUUAUAUAUUAAAAAAAAGUUGUCUCUAUUCGGAGCUGCGGUUUACAUAACAGGUGUAACAUCGUAAAAAUA